AUGGACAUAGGCAUUUUCGAAAGGGCAGUACAGGAUCCCUGUUCGGAAGAGUGCGAUUGCGAGGACGAUGAUCCAUUACAUGAGGAGCAGGAACAAGAAAAAGAAGUAAACCGCUGCAGUUGUACGCGGCAAGACAAGCCACCGAAGGUCGGCCUCCAGAGGGCAAUCACCACAAACUCGAUUAUUGUUUCGCCAAGGUCGACCCACAUUCUCGCACACUCCAGGACAGCUCCGAGCCCCAUGCUGUCCCGGCCGUCCCGGAGUAGGGCGAGCAGUACGUCGCUGAUCCGACACUUCUCGGCGAGCGAAGGCGACGAGCGGCCAGGCCCGCUUUCGCGCAGGCCAUCCUGUCCGACGAACCCCUCGAGGUCGUCGUGCUGCGGGAUCCCGACACAUCUCUACGGACUGGAGAAAUACGUGUCGAGCGCGCUGGACGCCCUGUCGGCCGGCGACUACGGAUUCCACAGGUACGGCCAUACCACUCAAGAACAGGGUGGAGCCGAGGCGGCGGAUCUACUGUCGUCAUCGUCAUCGUCGAGCCCGUCUCGAGCAUCGGUGUCACCAUCGGAGCUCUGUCAGAGCUCCGCGUCGACCGUUUCUAGAACGCAAUUCGCCAAGAGGGCCAGAAAGAAAUCGUUCAUUGAAAUAUCACUCGCGAAAUCAUUCUCUCAAUGA